UGACUGGCUUAUGGGUAUCAGCCAUAAAUAUCGGCGUAUCCCUACUUUAUGUAAUCAUUUAAUUUCACUAUAUAUUCCAAAGCAUUGUCUGCAGUACCCAGUGUCCAUCUCUAGGGUGAUACCCUGAGUAGGGCGUAAUGAUGCUCAGUUUACUAUGGAAUUGACUCCCUCUCUCUGUUUCUCUCAGAGCUGACUCUACAGCAGGCUUUGCACCAGUCUGUAUUCAUGCCGUGUUCCAGCCCAUCUCCCAGCAUGCCUCACUGCUGGGAUCAGCACAGCAAACUGCUUCCAACAGUGGCAGGCAUCACAGCCAGUAAAGUGGCAGCGUGGAGCGUGAAUGAGGUGAUUGAGUUUAUUCAAGGACUUCCAGGCUGCAAGGAGCAAGUGUGCACCUUCAGAGAAGAGCAAAUUGAUGGCGAGGCCUUCCUCUUAUUGACUCAGGUGGACCUGGUGAAGAUCCUCAGCAUUAAACUAGGGCCGGCUCUAAAGAUAUAUAACUCUAUUCUAAUGUUUAAAACAACAGAGAACUCUGCCUGCAACGAACUCUGACCAGACAGACUGACAGCCAAGAGAGUUCAGAACUGCUUCAGUCAAAGGGCUCGUCAUGAAGAUUCAUACAGUACACACCACACUAUUAUACAUGAUCAACACGAUGUAGUUUAUGUCCGAAUGAGCAGGUUAAACACAUAUAAUGACAUUCAGAAUUCAUUCAGACAGCACAAGAACGUUUCUGCACUGUCAUUAAUAAUCAUAUUUGUACGCACUUAUUAACUCACAUGAUGAUUUCAUGUAGUGCUCUUUCAUUAUAGUGUUGUCGGUGAGAAUGUAUAUUUACUGAGGGGUUAUCGGAGAAUUAGCGCUUUUCUAAAUUCAGGUGCUAAUUGAAUUCAGCUACAUGCACUGAAGAGCCGCACAAUGUCUGCUUAUGACUCAUUGUUUCUGUUAAAACUCUCCUUUAAUUCAUAGCUGUAGAUAAUUUUAGUGUUUUGAAAGCAGAAGGGGGUCGAUUAUCAGAGCAUUAGAUGAACACAUGGAUCCUCUUCUUGAUCCCCUUCUUGUUUCCAGUGUGCUGUGACGUCAUAUUAAUGCAUCAUGCCACAGUUCUUUAUUACGGUUACACUCAUGGAAUUUCUUUUUUUUCUUUCUUUAUC